AUGGCAAACAACGAAACAUAUACGGCGGACGACCAGUUUGAUUGUCACUUGACACCGGUUAGAGUCCCGCUGUUAGAUUCACCGGCCGGCGAUAUUGGUUUUGCUCCGGAGGAGGCAGCCGAAAGCAUGACUGUAGUUUCUACAGCCCUGGCCAAAACCGAUGGCGACGGGUUAGAGCCAGCUGUAACUGAACAGUUUGAUUGUCACUUGACACCGGUUAGAGUUCCGUUGUUAGAUUCACCGGUCGACGAUAUUGGUUUUAUUUCGGAGGAGGCAGCCGAAAGCAUGACUGUAGUUUCUACAGCCCUGGCCAAAACCGAUGGCGACGGGUUAGAGCCAGCUGUAACUGAACAGUUUGAUUGUCACUUGACACCGGUUAGAGUCCCGCUGUUAGAUUCACCGGCCGGCGAUAUUGGUUUUGCUCCGGAGGAGGCAGCCGAAAGCAUGACUGUAGUUUCUACAGCCCUGGCCAAAACCGAUGGUGAAGGGUUAGAGCCAGCUGUUGGCGACCUGCAGUCACAUCUUAAUUGGUUGACGGAAUAUCACUUCACGCGUGAAACUUAG